AUGCAUUCAGGAAAUAUAUUAUAUUCUGAAUAUAAUGGUGGAUGGCAUAUUAGUGAUUUUGGAUUUUGUGGACCUGCUGAUAAACCAUUAGGAAGUAUAUAUGGAAAUCUUCCUUAUAUAGCGCCUGAAGUUAUUAAUGGAAAAGGAUAUAUUUUUGCAUCAGAUAUUUAUAGUAUUGGUAUGCUUAUGUGGGAGAUUUCAUCUGGACAACCACCUUUUGCUGGUUUUGACCAUGAUUAUGAUCUUGUAAUGAAAAUAAUGAAUGGAAUGAGACCACAAAUCGUACAAGGAACUCCAUUGGAAUAUUCAAGUUUAAUGGAACAAUGUUGGGAUGCUGAUCCAUUGAAGAGACCUGAUUUUGAUACCCUCGAUGAUAAAAUUACAGAAAUACGAAAAUCAUAUUAUCAAAAUAAAAAUGAAAACAUUAAUUCUAACUUUUUGACAUAG